UGUGCACAGGAACCGGACUAGCAACAUUAUCCUAAUAUCCUCACCAUUCCAGUGUUUAUUUAUAAUUUCUAUCAGUAAAACUGAGUGAAAACAAGAUCACUUGGACUUCGGAGAGGUGCAAAUAUGCGACCUACUUUGGCAAUAUGUGCAUUACUUGGAUUAUUAGCCAUCACAGAUGCUACUGUAUUCUUCAAAGAGCAAUUUCUGGAUGGAGAUGGAUGGAAGAGUCGUUGGGUGGAAUCUAAACACAAAUCUGACUAUGGCCAGUGGAAGCUGACUGCAGGGAAAUUUCAUGGAGAUCCUGAAAAGGACAAAGGCCUUCAAACCAGUCAGGAUGCUCAUUUUUAUGCCAUCUCAAGCCGUUUCAAACCUUUUAGCAAUGAGGGUAAAACUCUCAUUGUGCAGUUUACGGUUAAACAUGAACAACAAAUAGAUUGUGGUGGUGGAUACGUGAAGCUCUUCCCUGCUGACUUGAACCAAGCUGAUAUGCACGGAGACUCCAAAUACUACAUUAUGUUUGGCCCUGACAUUUGUGGCUAUGGCACCAAAAAGGUUCAUGUCAUUAUCAACUACAAGGGACAGAACCACCUCAUAAAGAAAGAAGUCAAAGCCAGGGAUGAUGAACACACACACCUUUAUACUCUGAUCGUGAGACCUGACCAGACCUAUGAGGUGAAAGUUAACAAUGAGAAGCUGGAGUGGGGCAGCCUUGAGGACGACUGGGAUCUUUUGCCUUCUAAAAAGAUCAAGGACCCAGAUGCCAAGAAGCCUGGGGAUUGGGAUGAUCGUGUCACAAUCGAUGACCCUGAGGAUACAAAACCAGAGGACUGGGACAAACCUGAAAAUAUCCCUGAUCCUGAUGCCAAGAAGCCAGAUGACUGGGAUGAGGAAAUGGAUGGGGAGUGGGAGCCACCCAUGAUUCCUAACCCAGAGUACAAGGGAGAAUGGAAACCAAAGCAGAUUGAUAAUCCCAACUACAAAGGCAGCUGGGUGCAUCCUGAUAUUGACAACCCUGACUACACACCUGAUAGCACAAUUUACAAGUUUGGCAAUAUAGGAGUAAUUGGCCUUGAGUUGUGGCAGGUUAAAUCUGGGACCAUUUUUGAUAAUUUCAUCAUUACUGAUGAUGUAAAGACAGCAGAUGAUUUUGCUAAGGAGACCUGGGGAGUCACAAAGGGACCUGAGAAGACGAUGAGAGAGCAGCAGCUAGAGGAGGAGAGGAAGCAGAGAGAGGAAAAUAGCAAGAAGGAUGAUAUGAAGGAUGAGGAUAAGGACGUUGGUGGAGAUUACAAUGGCGGCGAUGAAGACGAGGACAUCCUUGAUGAGGAGGGUGAAGAGGAGGAGGAAGAAGAAGAGAAUGAGAUUGACGAGGAGAUCGGAGAUGAGACCAGUCCAGUCGAGGAGGAAGAGGAAGACGAGGAGGCUCCCAUGAAAGAUGUGAAAGAUGAACUCUGAAGAAGGUCCACCCACACUCUGUUCUCCCUGUGGUGUCUAGCCUCUGGGGAAAAAGCCACAACACCCUUUUCUGUUUUUCAGCCAUUGGGAAAAAGAGGGUAGAGCAGGCAAUAUUUGCCUUACUAAUGGUUUUGUAUGGAUUUUUGGUUUCAUUUGUUCUGUUCUUUUACUUGAAAUGCUAUUUGCCCUGUGUUUGUGAAAUGUUUGGUGCUGCUCCUAUACCCUUUGAGUUGAAAAAGUGUUUGGGUAAAUUGUUUUCUUUGUAGUUUUGAUUUGCACUUUCACAUUAUUUAUUUAAGAUUUAUUUAGUAUUUACUUAAUUUUAUCUAUAGAUUUCAUGUACUAAUGAUCUCCCUGUCUCUACCUACUGCCCCCCAGUACAGAAGCUGCUCUAUGUUGUGGUGUCAGUCAGUAUUUGGUAUGAGGACGAGUCACAUAGUUUAUAGCAAGAAGAACUUGGAUCCAGAAUACAAAUCGGUACUUGCAUGACUGUUCAUGUUUGUGUUUUAUUUCAAUCAGGCUGAUGUGAACAUUGUGGACACUUUAAUUUGUCUUCCACACAUUUCCCACUUUUCUGAGUUUAUUUGCAGAACAUUGCAUUGUGAAAAUUGCAUCACACGUUGUGUUUUUAUUCUGAGAGAGUAAAGAGGCACAGUCUGUUCUAGAAUUGUAAAGUGACCCCUUCAAGAUUAUUUGGAUAUGAGUGAUCCAUUGAAAGCCAAUUAAUAAGAUUUUGAUUUCAAUGGAAGUUACCAGCCAAAUAUAGCAAUUUUACCAGCUUC